GGAGUGAGGCAGGACCUGGGGGAGGAGACAUGUGUAUCAGGCUUUCGCUCAUGCUUCUGUGUUUCGCCUGUCAAUUCCACCUCUUCAUGCACAUUGUUCCCGCGAACUGAACGAGCGCACUGACACUACGGUCAUCCAGUAUCCCUCCAGCACACCUUCAUCUUCUGUGGAUCUGCUCGCGGUUAGCUUUGCGCGAGUCGUUAUUUAAUUCGUCUGACUUCAUGGGAUGUGCUUUUAACGCGAAACGUUUUGAAAACAUACGAUUCGUCGUCAUAUUAUUUCUUUCUGCGCUUGGAGACAAUGUUUUAAAGCAAACACUGGCGUGCGCGCUCCGCUUCAAAUGAGCUCAGAUUGGAGAGCCACUGGGAACCCAAGCAAGGAACUAACUUGAACUACGAAAUUGGAGAGCUCCAGCUACUGUGUUGGAUCAAAGACGACGUCUACGGCUUCCGGGCCAUGAGUAGUUUUAAGGGCCAGGAUGUGGAAAAACAAGGCAUCAAGCUGCCAAAAAAAUGGAUUGAUUCCAAUGAUAAAAUCCCCACAGACCGUACGAUGGUUGUGGGAGGAGGAGACACUUUCGAUCCUCCAGGAGGUCAGUCAAGAAAACGGCGUCAGCGCUAUGUGGAAAAGGACGGCAAGUGCAACGUCCACCACGGAAACGUGCGCGAAACCUACCGUUACCUGACGGACAUCUUCACCACACUUGUGGACUUAAAGUGGCGCUUCAAUCUGCUGGUCUUCACACUGGUCUACACCACCACCUGGGUGUUUUUUGGCUUCAUUUGGUGGCUCAUCGCCUACACCCGUGGAGACCUGGACCACGCUGAUGACAACGAGUGGACACCGUGUGUCUAUAACCUCAAUGGCUUUGUCUCAGCCUUCCUUUUUUCCAUCGAGACCGAGACCACCAUUGGUUAUGGGUAUCGUGUCAUAACGGACAAAUGCCCCGAGGGCAUCAUCUUGCUUCUGGUGCAGGCCAUCUUGGGCUCCAUCGUCAAUGCCUUCAUGGUGGGCUGCAUGUUUGUGAAAAUCUCACAACCAAAGAAACGCGCCGAAACGCUCAUGUUUUCUAACAAAGCUGUGAUAUCCAUGCGGGACAGCAAGUUGUGUUUGAUGUUCCGUGUUGGCGACUUGCGUAACUCACACAUUGUGGAGGCCUCCAUCAGGGCAAAGCUCAUCCGCUCUAAGCAGACCAGGGAAGGAGAGUUUAUCCCCCUAAACCAGACGGACAUCAACAUGGGCUUCGACACGGGGGACGAUCGGCUGUUCCUGGUGUCACCGCUGAUCAUUUGCCAUGAGAUCAACAAGAACAGCCCUUUCUGGGACAUCUCUCAGGAGCAAGUGGCGCGAGAAGAGUUUGAAAUAGUGGUCAUUCUGGAAGGAAUGGUGGAGGCUACAGGAAUGACAUGUCAAGCCCGCAGCUCAUACCUGAACUCAGAGGUGCUUUGGGGAGAACGCUUCACCCCUGUGCUCUCGCUGGAGGAGGGAUUUUACGAGGUGGAUUAUGACACUUUCCACCACACCUACCCCACACCAACCCCUUCCUGCUCUGCUCGGGAGCUUGCAGAACUGGCAAAGAAAGGGGAAGCUAUCCCUUUGCCCCCUAUUUCACCUCCAGCAACCCUGGGAGAGCCCCCAAGCCCAGAGGAGACGCCUGAGGAGGAGACCAAGGCAGAAGAAGAAGCAGCAGAAGACUCUGUUAGCAAUGGUGAUGUGAACAGAAUGGAGUGUGUGCAAGAAUGAGUUCAUGCAUUGCAGUCUCCAGUCUUUUGCUGCCCCUGUGUGGCUGAUGGAAAUAUAAGGCGAUACAAAAACUUACUUCAGCCACAUAAACGCCAUAUAAACUGAGGAAUAGUUACAAAUCAUUGACCCCACACUGGUACUGUUAUUGGUUUCAAGAAUAAAACAAUGUGCAUAAUGGUAAAGUUUUUCAACUUUAAGUGCAAAAAUGCUUAAAAAACCUCUUUCGGCUUGAAUUUAUUUGAAGAAGAUGUAUAUUCGCAGCUUUGUACUGUGAUUGCUUAACCCGCUACUGAGCUUGCAUUAUUGCUUUUGAGGUUUAUAAGUAUUUCUGAAUCCAGUUUAUAGAGAUUAAGGUUUGUUUCAGAUGGUGCUUAUAGCUACACUACAGCAUUUUAUGAAAGCUUGUUUCUGCCACAGGAUAACAAAACAGGGAAUGGUGAUUUUAGCUCACAACUGACUAUUUCUCUUGCAAUUCUGAGAAAAAAAAUUACCAAUUAAAUUAAAAAAUUUAAUUUAUGGAAGCUUGUUUCUACCACAGGAUAAUUUUUUUUUAAAGGUAGCCUAAUUGCGACUCAUAAUUCUAACUUUUUUGUCACAAUUCGAAUAUAAACUGUGAAUUGCAAGAUAUAAAUUCAUAAUUCUGAGGAAAAAAGAAUUGAGGUGUUAACUGGAAAUGGCAAGAAAAUAAUAAGAAUUGCAAGAUUUAAUUAGUGCGAUUACAAGUUGCAAUUACAUUUUAUAUUUUAAAUUUCAUGGUUGGAAAAAAAAACAGAAUUGCGAGAUGUAAACUCAAAAUUGCAAGACGUAAACUCUGAAUUGCAAAGGGAAAAAAAGGUCAGAUUUCUGAAUUAAUAUCUCACAAGAAAAGAAGUCUGAAUUGUGAGAUAAAAGCUGCAAGUUCCUGUAUUUUUUUAUUUUGCUUUUUUUUUUAAUCUCAUUGCAGAAACAAGCUUCCCUAGCAUUUUCUGUAUGAAACUGCUGGUUAAAAAAAAAAAAAAAAACACACGUUUUUCAUUUCAUUAAUGAAGGACAUUGCAUUCCCUAUAAUGGGUGUGUUGAAUAUGCAUAGAAUAUGCACAUCAAAAUUGCACAUCAUGUCUGAAACUAUGUAGAAAACUGUAUAGAAUAUAAUUUCUGAAACAAGUAGAUUUUCUGUGUAAGCAAACAGUGACCUCUGCUGUAAGCGGGCCUCACAAACGACCAGACGGAAUGAGUGAGUUUUGCCAAAGGGUUAAUUGUUGGAAAUAAUUAUUUAAUUUCUUUGAAUGACAGAUAUGUGACAAAAACACUAAAAGUUGGAUAUUAACACCCAACAGACAGAACGCACAAAUGUAACUGUUGCUGUUUCAUUUUAUUUGAAAUGUACUAUUGCUAUUUGGUUCAUUUAGUCAUAUUCCACAUCUUCUGUCUAUCAUUAAUAUUUCUGCUUGAGAAACACCCUCACUGUUAUUUAUAGAUCCUCUUUAGUUUUUUGUUUGUUUUGUUUUGUUAGUUUUUUUUAAACACCAGAAUUCAUAAAAUGUUUCUGUUUUAUUUUACAAUAAAGUGAUUAAAAUAAAAGAUUAUCCUUCUCAGACACUAUGCGCUGUACUGAGGUUCUAUGAGAAUAUGAAAUAAGAAUUAUAAUGUGAAACAACAUCUACAA